AUGUCCGACGUGUUCACUAAUAAGAAAUUCGCGAAUAUUAAAAAUAAUAAAAUUACAAUAGAUGAAGCUAAGCAAAUAUUGGAAGGACAAACAAUUUCACUACAAAAAAUUAAUUCAGAAAUUCAAGAAUGCAAAUCAGAAAUUUCUGAUUUAAAAUUUGAAUGUGAGAAUUUAGAAAAAGAAAAUGAGCAAUUAGAAAAAGAACGCGAACAUCAUGAGGCACAAGCCGCUCUUAUUGUUUCAAGGUUAAGCGAUAAAAAAUUACAGGAUUUAUGUAGAUGGCAUCGUUCUUCGAUACAAAUUUAUAGCAAGUUGUUGGAUAUCACAUUAUCACCAAAUAUUGAAGAGAAUUCUCGAGAAUUUUAA